AUGCUCAGGGUACUAGAUUUCAAGGACGCGGUGGAAGAGGUGCAGCAGGUCUCUUGCGUCAACAGCGCGUCGCCGGGCUCGACCACAAAAGUGGCCCAGAGUGCCCCAUCGCUGAGUGCGUAUGGCUCCCCAGCUGGUCAGGCCGACAGCAGCAAGCGCCGGAAGCGAGGCAAUCGUCGCCAGAGGGGCGGCCGGCGCUGGCAGGUCUCAAUGGCUCAAAGCGGCCUGGCAGUUGAGAAGGCACCGAUGAUGGGACCAAGCAGCGAGCUGCUGGAGCUGCUGGAUGCUAUGUCCAAGGUGCGCAUGGCGCGACACAUCUUGGCCUUGGUGGGCAAGAAGGAUUUCAAGGACGCGGUGGAAGAGGUGCAGCAGGUUAUGGCUGCCAGGAGGUCACGUGAGGCGCUUGCCUCCACAGCAACAUUCUCAAGAGUUGGGCCCCUGCCCUGUCUCUUGGGUCAACAGCGCGUCGCCGGGCUCGAUCACAAAAGUGGCCCAGAGUGCCCCGUGGCUGAGUGCGCCGACAGCAGCAAGCGCCGGAAGCGAGGCACCAACCCGACACGUUCACAUACACAGAACACAGGCGCAGCGUUUAAUCCACACAGUCCUGGGCAUCAACAAAAGCUGCCAAGGCCACAUGUUUUUAAAACGUGA